GAUACUAACAGCACACGCCCGAGUCGAGGGCUUGGCUCACCAAUCAACUUCUCCUCUGGGGGCUCACAAGGCAGGAAGUUUAAAGGCUUUCUCGUUCCGCGCCCUCCAGCGCUCAAGGUUCUGGUGGUGGCAGCAACCCAGUUCCAGGCGAGUCUGCCAAAACUCAUCAGAAAACAAAGGGGAGUGUGGUGCAUUUCCUGGGAUGCAGAUCAUGCUGAAAGAAAUAGGAACAGACGUUCCAUCCUAGGUGAAAGACACAGAAGGGAAAUGCCCAGUCCGGACCGGGAAUGGAAGGUCCUUGAUGAGGUGAAAAACAGAACAAAGCAAAGCAAUGGAAAUAGGGGAUGGCCAAGACUUCCCAAGAACAGAAGCACUGACCGGAGCCAAAAGGGGUUUAAGAAGGAAAAGCGAACCCAGUGCCAUGGAACGCGUGUACUGCAGAGGAGGAGGAGGAGAGAAUCAUGGAGAAGACGGAAGAGCACACACAAGCACAGAGAAGAGAGAGAGCGAGUCAGACAGGUGUGGAAUCGGGAUGCGGCCAGGAAGGAGGGAGGCAGAGGGUGCACCUCUGAGGCGGUGUUUGGAGAUUUCAGGGCUGAUAAUGACCCCAAGCCGUGCUUUGGACCACAGGGAGAACCCCCAGGGGGGGUCACGAUGAAGAAGUUCCUAUCCAGGACCACAGGAGGAGAUGUGCUGAGCCCCAACCCAUGCUCUCAGAAGCUUGCAGUCAGGGUGAGCCGACCCCAAACACCCAGAGAGAGCACUUUCCAACAGCAGAGGAUAGCCCCACCGCCCCCAUCCCAUCCCGGGGUCCCUACAUCCCAGCAAGAAGACUGGAAGCUAGCAAAUGAAGUGCUGGUAGGCCAAAACACACAGCUCAACUGGAAGUGGAUCGGUGGUGGUGAAUUUUCCAGAAGGUUGUAGUCGAGUGGAUCAUGCCUUGCCCAAGGGACUUUCCUCUUCCAGAUCAUGGCGCUGUGGUCG